GCGAACCCGGAACUCACUUUUAACCUUGGGUCCUAGGGAGCUGGCAGUGGCCAUCAUGGUGCGGAAGCUUAAGUUUCACGAGCAGAAGCUGUUGAAGCAGGUGGACUUCCUGAACUGGGAGGUCACUGACCAAAACCUGCACGAACUGCGCGUGUUGCGGCGUUAUCGGCUGCAGCGGCGCGAGGACUACACGCGCUACAACCAGUUGAGCCGUUCUGUGCGCGAGCUGGCGCGGCGCCUGCGCGAUCUGCCUGAAGGCGACCCAUUUCGCGUGCGAGCCUCGGCCGCACUGUUGAACAAGCUCUAUGCUCUCGGCCUGGUGCCCACGCGCAGCUCUCUCGAACUCUGCGACUUCGUCACGGCCUCGUCCUUCUGCCGCCGCCGCUUGCCCACCGUGCUCCUUAAGCUGCGCAUGGCGCAGCACCUCAAGGCCGCCCUAGCCUUCGUGGAGCAGGGCCACGUGCGCGUGGGCCCGAACGUGGUCACCGACCCUGCCUUCCUUGUCACACGUAGCAUGGAGGACUUCGUCACCUGGGUUGACUUAUCCAAGAUCAAACGGCACGUGCUGGAGUACAAUGAGGAGCGUGAUGAUUUCGAUCUGGAAGCCUAGCGGUCUUUACUCCCCAGCUCCCCACCUUCUUCACCAGUGCUGCAUUUUAUAUAUUGGGAAGCUGAGACCUGGUGCUGGAGAUUCUGUGAAGGCGCUUUUCCCCAAGAGUAUGUCAGCCAAUUCUCGGUGCUUAAGAACUCGGCUCCUCACCUGCAGGCCACGCUUACAGCCAAAGGGUACGCCCCCUUUUCUGCGAAAUUUUCUUAGCCCUUGGACUACUGAUAAUUAAAUGACUUGCCUCGAAACAGUGAGAAGCGGUUUUGUUUUGCGCAGGUUUGUUAGAUUCUUGUGCCUAUAACAUUGCAGUGUAGCUUCCGGACCCAACCCACAGCCCGCUUUCCCCUUAUUAUAUUAUAGCAGGACAGUUUCGUUUAAUUAAUUUAACUCGAAUUCUUGCUUCUGUUGGUAACCACUGCGAAUUUGAUCUUACGUUUUCAUAAAAUGGGGUGAGAUUUUAGUGUUCUGGGUACCAUCCCUUGUUUUAAAGGAGUGCUUUUUUGAUGCCAAUAAAUGGUACAAAUACUUUGUAAGUGCAAAUUUGUGCCUGUCUGGUUUUCUCACAUAGGGUCAUAUCUGUAGGUCUCCUUUGCUCAGGAACCCAGAGAAAAGAAAUGGGGUCAAGGGUCAGCAACUGCCUGCCUGUAUGUGAGGCCUGCAACAGGGACAAGUGAAGGUUGCUGGGUGUUGUACAGGGCUGGGCAUAUUUGUGAGUUUACCAAACCCUUCCUCGGAUGGAGUGCUUAUGCAGAGCUCUUCCCCGCAGGACUUCCUGUUGAUAUUCCAGCCCCAGGAAAUACCAUAUUAGAGGAACUGAAGUGUUUGCUUGCCUAAGAAAAUGAUCACCUUGUUUGCUUGGCCAUCUAGCAGUUAGAAGUGGCCCAGGAGGUUCCUGAAAACUUAGAUGUUCUUAGGAGUGGGAGGUAAUUGGAAGGAAGAGUAGGAAGACACCUGGUUUUACACAAGACUUCUACAAGGAGAAUAAUAGAAUGCCAAGACCAGUGGAAUCACUUUUAAAUUGUCUCCUCCGCCCUGGCUGGUUUGGCUUAGCGGUUAGAGCAUGGGCCACGGACCAAUGAGUCACGGGUUAGAU